UUGAUUGAAAUUACUACAGAAUUCAGAAGUACUUAGGAAACGUCCUCGGCAGGGCCGCGCUAACGAACUAGUGACUAGCAGCAGCAGAACAACAGAUCCAGCAUUCCCCGGGCAUCAGCAUCAGCAUCAGCACCAGCACGAUGAAAUUUGCAGUGGCAACACCUUUGAUUGGAUUCCUAAUACUGGGCACCAUUUCAUGCACAUCUGCUCGAGCAGCCCACGAUGGCAAAUACAAUAAGAGAAAGUAUAACUACGGAAAUCAUGGAAAAUACGUCCACACAAAUGGAGGUGACUACGUAGAAGAUUUGGAUCGCUAUCGCUACGUUCACUACGACGAUGGCGAUCGAGGACGCUACAUCCAUUCGCACGUUCCGUACGAUGGGGGAUUCGGCAACUACGAGGGUGGUCACGAGCCCUUCCGCAAUCCCCCGUACGAUGCCACUGGAUUGUAUGCGUAUGUUCAGAAACCGAAAAACGAAUCCUGUUUACGGUUGCUAGAACAGUAUUCUAACACUUGCAGCGAUUCCAGCUUGGACAAUCCGUAUAAGUCCAACGAAUACGAUAUCAAGCAGCCAUCGAUCUACCUGGAGUAUGGAACCCCAGAAUCGGAAUACGUGGAUGCUUCCUCUCGUCAGGAGAAACAGACUUCAGCUGCCAUCGGACUGGAUCCACGAGCGUCCACCUUCCCGGGAACAGCUUACCUUCCAGUUCCAAGACCACCUACCGAGUAUGGUCCUCCGAAAAGAGCGAACGCCAAUGCAUCAACUAAACAAGUAAAGGGAGCUACCACUCUUAGAAGCAUCAAUAUCGGUUCGAUAUCCCUCACGACUACCAGUGGACAAGAAUCGAAACUCGAUUUCGUUACAAAAGCUCCCGAAACAACACGGAACCGAAUUACUGUGUCCCAAAGGAUGACACCGGAAUCCUCUACGUCUACCACUCGUUCGACAAAAGCUUCAACUACAGCAGCAUCUACGAAGAUUUUAACAACAACAAAGACGACAACAGUCUCAUCAGUUGCAACUACAACAGCAAAAGCAUCCAUCGAGGAACAACUUUAUCAGUGUCGAGCCGAGUUGCAAGCAGCGCUACUAAAGUUAAGCCAUGACGAGCAUGCAAAACGAGACUAAUUUAACUGCUGUUGCUAUCAGAUUCUGUAAGGAAAUAGCCUCGCCUAGCAGAAAUUAAAAAAAAUAAAAGUGAUGAGCAGAGAACAGGUCCGGUCGCAUCCUACCGUCCGUCGAUCGUGGCGUCAGCAAAGGCAUCUGAAAACCAAAUUCGCUGUUGUCUGAAAGCAAAGUUGACUAAUCCGAGAAUAGCAUUAAGAUAUUUAUUUCCAUCGCGAAACAAUGCUGU